CGAUUUGACUUCUCAGUACUAGUUUGCUCUUCGUGCGCAGCAAUUCGAAUAUUUUUACCACGGUAUUCAACGACGAUAACAACAACAAUAACAAAUUGUCUUUUUUCGUGCUCAAUAGAAAAAAGUGGCCAAGAAUUUGUUUAUUUGUAUGUGUGCAUGUGUUUAUUUGUAUGUGAGAGUUUGCGAAAUCAACUAGAAUCGUUUGUGAAAAGUGAAAACAGCACGCAAAGCCAAGUUCAACUUACAACUUCAAUCUGAAAAUCAUAACUGAAAAGCGCCGCAAAGUAUUCAACGCUUCCCAGUGGAUUUACAAGCGAAUUCUAAAGCAAAGCUUUAACCCUCGCCGACCAAAAAAAACCACAGUCCAAGAUAAAAACAAACAAACAGCACAAGGGAACAAUACGAAGAAGUUAUUUGCAGAAUUAAAAUUGCGCUAUAUUCAACGACCAGUGUCUCUCGCUCUCCUGCUGCAUCCAUCAAACUGUCUGCGUAGCUGAGCAGUCGUAACGAUGCCGGCGGAAAUUAAACCAUCCGCGCCUCCAGAGCCGGAAACUCCAACGAAGAGUAAACCGAAGAGCAACUCAUCAACGUUCUCGAAGGCCGCCUUGGCGCGUGUCACACUUCUGGAUGGCUCCAUCCUGGACGUGACCAUCGAUCGCAAAGCCAAGGGACGUGACCUGGUAAACUCGAUCUGUGCUGGACUCAACAUCAUUGAGAAGGACUACUUCGGUCUGACCUAUGAUACGCCGACCGAUCCUCGUACCUGGCUGGAUCUGGAGAAGCCCGUGGCGAAGUUCUUUCGCGUAGAUCCCUGGCCAUUAGCGUUUGCAGUCAAAUUCUAUCCGCCGGAGCCAUCGCAGCUGCAGGAGGACAUCACGCGCUACCAUCUCUGCCUGCAAGUGCGUAAUGACAUCCUUGAGGGUCGACUGCCCUGCACAUUCGUGACUCACGCAUUGCUUGGCUCGUACCUGGUGCAGUCGGAGAUGGGUGACUAUGAUCCCAAGGAAAUGCCGACUCGGGCCUAUCUCAAGGACUUUAAAAUUGCACCCAAUCAGGCCACGGAGCUGGAGGACAAAGUGAUGGACUUGCACAAGACCCACAAGGGUCAAUCGCCUGCUGAGGCCGAACUCCACUAUUUGGAGAAUGCCAAGAAGCUGGCCAUGUAUGGUGUGGACUUGCAUCCUGCCAAGGACUCAGAAGGCGUUGACAUUAUGCUGGGAGUCUGUGCGUCCGGUCUGCUGGUUUAUCGCGACAAAUUGCGUAUCAACCGUUUCGCUUGGCCAAAGAUCUUGAAGAUCUCGUACAAGCGUCACCAUUUCUACAUCAAGAUACGACCAGGAGAAUUCGAACAAUACGAAUCCACCAUCGGUUUUAAGCUUGCCAACCAUCGGGCUGCCAAGAAGCUGUGGAAGUCCUGUGUGGAGCAUCACACCUUCUUCCGUCUGAUGACGCCGGAACCCAACACCAGGUCCACACUGUUCCCUCGCUUUGGCUCCAAGUACCGCUUCUCGGGUCGCACCCACUACGAGAGCAAGGCUACGCCCGUCGACCGCACUGCGCCUAACUUCACUAGAGCUCUCUCAGGCGCUCGUCUCUCCUCUCGCAGCAUGGACGCUCUGGCCAUGGCUGAGAAGGAGAAGGUGGCUCGCAAGAGCAGCACCUUGGACCAUCGCGGGGAUCGCAGCAACAAUGCGGAUGCGCACAGUCGUAGCCCCAUCAAGAAGGACAAAAAGGAAAAGUUAAUACGCGAAUCGAGCACCGGUACAGCUUCGGCUUCCUCGCAGAGCUCGCUCGAGGGAGAUUAUGAGACUGAAAUCGCUGCCGAGGCGGUGUCCGCUGCUCCCGACUUUUCGUCUCCUCCUCAGGAGGAAAAGAAACUGAAGGAGAAGGAAGAAAAGGAGCGCAAGGAACAAGAGAAGAGAGAUCAAAAGGAGAGGGAAAAGGCGGAGAAAGCAGCUAAGGCAGCCGCUGCUGCUGCCGCUUCCGCCGCAGCCGCUGGAUCUGGCGUCAAUGGCAAUGACGACCUGAAUGACUCCAAUAAAUCUGAUAAAUCGGGCAGACGCGGAGUUGGUAUAUUUUCGUCGGGUCGCAAGAGCAAGAGCGGUUCACCGGCCAAGGAUGGAAAGGACAAGGAUAAGGAUAAGGAAAUUGGUCGUCUUGGCUUGGUCGUUACCUCGGGUCUUGGUGAGCAGGAUAACGGACAGAACGAUGCUAAUCGCAAUGCUGGCAAUCGUGGUUCAGCCACUCCUGGAGUCACUCGUCCUUACGAGUAUGCUGUGGAUGCCGAUGGCAAUGCCAGCAGUCCAACUCGCAAAUCCUAUACUCCAGGCGGCUUCCGCUAUGACCAAGAUCCAAAUAGUGGUAAACAACUAGGUCCCGAUGGUCAGGAGCAACUCUCGCCGACCUCGCAGCAAAAGAAGAUUGGCUUGGCCUUUAACUAUGCGCCCGGAAAUGAGAAUGCGCUAAAGGAGACUGCUGAGAAGAUCAAGUCCGGUCAGUUAUCGCCUCGCACUCAGGACAAACUGAACCGUGGUCAGCUGUCGCCCAAGUCGAGGGCCAAACUUCUGCAGGACGGCAACUUGUCGCCUACGACACGUGCCAAGUUGCAGGGUAGUGCUGUCGAUGCUGCAGCGGUGCCUCUUAGCGAUGCCCAGAAGCGAUCCUACUCACCAACCAAGGGAGCUGGACAGGGAGCUGGUUACUCCUCGGGUGCUCCGGGUAGUUACAAGGCCAUCGGUGAUAACACGGCCGAUUUUCUGGAAUCGCAACGCUACAAUCAAGAACCCGGAUAUGUGGGUGUUGGAGCUGGUGCUGGCAAGUCCGGUUCACCUACGAAAGGAGCUGGGGCUGGACCUGGAGCCGGAGCUGGAGCUGGAGCAGGCGCUGGAUCCGGAGCUGGAGCAGGCGCUGGAUCAGGAGCCGGAUCUCGUGCAAGUGCUGGUCCAGGUGUGGCUGCUGGAGUUGCAGCUGGUGCAGGUGCAGGUGCUGCAGCUGCUGCUGCUAAACCUAAGAAGAAGCGGGUCAAGAUCAUGGUUAUCACAUCCAAAUUCGACCCCGCAACCAAACGCAUUGAUGCAGAAAACGGUAGCAUUGAGCAUUCCACGGGUAUCUUGGAUCCAGCCACUGGUCGCAUCGACACCAAGUAUGGUGUAAUUGAUCCCAAGAACGGCACUUUGGAGGCUUUGAACACGAAGACCGGCAAGAAGGAGUUGUUCCAGGGUGAUUUGGAUCCCAAAACGGGCAAUCUGCAUUUGGUUUCCGGAGUGUCAGAUCCUAAGACCGGACGCAUUGAUGACUCGUUGGGUCAAAUUGUGUGCAUAACGCCACAGGAUAACCCAGUUGUCGAGCUCACCGUCAUCACCGGUCGCAUUGAUCCUGCUACGGGCAAGAUCGAUACGGUUAACGGUGAUGUCGAGCGUUCUCUUGGCGUUCUGAACUUAGACACAGGACUCUUGGACACCAAAUAUGGUGAAAUCAAUACCCGCACCGGAGAAUUGAAGGCCAUAGAUCCGAAGUCUGGCAAAAUUGUGGUUACCAAGAAUGUGAAGGUUGAUCCGGGCACUGGUCAAAUCACCAUUCUGGGUAUCGUCGAUCCAAAGACGAAUAAGGUUGAUCCCAAUCAAGGACGCAUUAUUGAGGUUGGUCAGCAAAUUGAUCCCAUCGUCGAAGUUACAUCUCUGGCCGGCAAAUUCGAUUCGAAGAAGAAUGUCAUCGAUCCUAAGACUGCUCAAGUUGAGACCUCAGGUGGUCAGUUCGACCCCAAGCAGGGCAAGAUCGACACGAAGUACGGACAAAUCGAUUUGGUUAAGCACACAAUCACAUUCACAGAUCCCAAGUCGGGCAAGACAGUUACUCGCGACAUCAAGAUUGAACCUGCCACUGGCCAGAUCGUGCUGAAGAACCAGAUAAAUCCCAAGAACAACAAACCCGACAAGGACUAUGCACGCAUCAUUUCAUUGCGUAUCGUGCAGCAGCGCGUGGAUCCGGCGACAAAGGCGCCCAUUGCACAGGUCAGCGCUGCCAAGGAUAAGGAUAUUGUUGUCGAUCCCAAGUCGAACCAGAUCUGGGUGCCGACCGGUGCCAGCGAUCCUAGCACUAAGGAACAACAGUACAUUUCCAGCAGCGUUGAUCCCAAGACGGGCUACGUCAUCACAAUCUACGGCUACCUCGACCCCAAGACCAACGAGAUCAAGAAACAGACCAAGCUCGACCCCAAUACCAUCAAGAUUGAGCCAACGUCCGGCAAGAUCUACACAGCCACUGGAGAAGUGGACAAGGCCACCGGUGAACCGCUUUACGCUGCCACCCAAGUGGAUCCCGAGUCUGGCGAGGUGUAUACCAAGCUGGCUCGCGUUGAUCCCAAGACUGGCAAGAUUGUGAUCGUGCGCAUUCUGCUCAUUUCGAAGACCGAUGAACGUGGUCGUCCAGAGGAAAUCGAUCCGGAGACGUGCGAGAUCGAUCCGGUGUCUGGGCGUGUUCUGAAAUUCUUCAACAAAACUGUUUAUGUAUACAAUAUGAUUGAUCCGGUAACUGGUGAAAUUGUACAGGUCGAUCCCAAUGAUCCUCGUUUCGCCGGCGCUCGCACAACAGUGACCCACACGAUGACCCUAACUGGCGAAAUUGAUCCGGUGACGGGACGAAUCAAGAGCGAAUACGGCGACAUCGAUCCAAAUACGGGAGACAUUGAUCCAGCGACCGCAGUUACCGAUCCCGUGACGGGCAAAUUGAUCCUCAACUAUGCUCAGAUCGAUCCCUCGCACUUUGGCAAACAGGCGCAAGUGCAGACAACCACAGAGACGGUGCCGAUCACACGCCAGCAGUUCUUCGAUGGCGUCAAGCACAUUAACAAGAGUGCGCUGCGUCGCGACUCCGAGGCUAGCUCGGAUGAUGACAUGACCAAACAGUACGCCGGCGAACAGAUCCAGGAUAUUGUGCUCAGUCCAGGCAAUCAAUCAGGUGUCUCGGGCAAAAACCAAGGCAAAUCCGUAAGCACGCCCACCGUGGUGAAGACGACAACGAAACAGGUGCUGACCAAGAACGACGGCGGAGUAACACACAACGUCGAGGAGGAGGUGCGCAAUCUGGGCACCGGCGAGGUCACCUAUUCGACACAGGAACACAAGGCUGAUGCAACACCUACCGAUCUAAGCGGCGCCUAUGUCACAGCAACCGCAGUCACCACCCGCACAGCCACCACACAUGAGGACCUGGGCAAGAAUGCCAAGACGGAACAGCUCGAGGAGAAGACUGUAGCCACCACCCGCACCCUAGAUCCCAGCAAUCAGCAGCAACGUGUUGUCACCCAGGAGGUGAAGACGACGGCAACGGUUACGAGUGGCGAUCAGUAUCAGCGACGCGACAGUGUGUCAUCGACCAGCUCUGGCGAUUCAGGCACACCCAUCGAUGGGCCAUACGAUGGCACCAGCGUGAUUCGCACUGACAUCCAGAAAUCUCCGGCUUAUGCAACAACUGCUACCACAUCCACUGGCCCGCAUGUAGAGAGCACUCGCGUGGUGCUCGGCGAGGAUACGCCUGGUUAUUCAGGACAUGGCGAAAUCAUCUCUACCCAAACCGUCAGCAGUAAGACCCGCACCGUGGAAACGAUAACCUACAAAACCGAACGCGAUGGCAUUGUUGAGACCCGUGUGGAACAGAAGAUUACCAUUCAAUCCGACGGCGAUCCGAUCGAUCAUGACAAGGCAUUGGCUGAGGCAAUACAGGAAGCGACGGCCAUGAAUCCGGACAUGACAGUCGAGAAGAUUGAAAUUCAACAGCAAACGCAGUAGAUUUUAUAAUUAUUUUUUAAAAAAUGAGAGAAAAAUACACGAAAUAAAAGCAGCACACACAGUUUCACAUCCACACAUAAACAAUCAAACAGCACUUGCAGUACACCUUUUAUACUACCUACAUAAAAAAAAAACACCCACACAUACACACUCACGACACACAAUACAUGUCUACAAGUUCAAUAACUUCUAUAACGAGAACGAGAGCUAUCCAUAACGUCUUGGAGUAAUUGCAUCCAUUUAUAUUUUGUAUUUUGUAUGUUUAUUAUUUUUUAAUAUAUAUUACAAACUGUUAAUUACAAGAGAAAAGCUACCUUUAAUUAUUAUGUCAUAAAGUAUAUAUUGAAUGUGCAAAAGCAAAAGUUUAAUGAAAAUAACGAAAAUGAAAUGAAAGUUUAUAUAAUAUUCAAUAUAUUAUAUAUUAAAUUGUAAACCACAAUUGCAUUCAGAAUAAAAACAAAACCUAAAUGUA